AUGACAGACAGCGUAGUGCAAUUAAAAUGCGGUGUUAAGCAAGACCCAUGGGGGAAGCAGGGGCAGGAGUCUCUUGCCGGCCAGCUCUGGGCUAAGACGGCUGGGUCAACGGGGGUCUCGAAUGAUGAGAUGUACUCUGAGAUGUGGAUGGGCACAUAUCCCACCGUGCCCUCGCAUAUCCUCCGCACCGGAGAGUCCCUAGAGAACUACCUAAAGCGCAAGCCAGACCUGAUCGGCCGGUCCGUGAAGGAGAAAUUCGCAGACAGCAUCCCCUUUCUGCCAAAGGUGCUGUCCUUCGCCAAAGCCCUGCCGCUCCAAGUCCACCCGAACAAGCGUCUAGCAGAGGACCUCAACCUCAAAGACCCCGACACCUUUGGCGACACAAACCACAAGCCCGAGAUCGCGGUUGCACUGUCAGAGUUCGAGCUCUUCGCGGGGUUCAAGCCGCUAGCUGAUAUCGAGGCGCUUAUGAAACUCAAGCCGCUCAGCCAGUUUGUCCCGGCCAAUGCUAGCCUAGACGAUGAGUUGCUGCGCCAGAUUACGAAGAAGUUCCUCCAGUUGCCGCCGGAGGCCGUCAGGGAUCUCGUUACGCAGCUGCAUAGCCUACCCAAGGCGGAAUUCGGCGCCAAGCACGAGUAUGUCCCUGACCUGUUGGAGCGCGUGAGCAAGCAGUACUCCGAGUCCGACAACGGUGCGCUCGUAGCCGUGCUCCUGAUGAACUACAUGGUCCUUCAGCCCGGCGAGGCAGUCUGCGUGCCUGCCGACAGUAUCCACGCCUACCUGAAGGGCGAUAUCCUCGAGUGCAUGGCGCGGUCGGACAAUGUGCUCGCAACGGGCUUCUGCCCGCGCGCCGACAGGAACAACGUCGAGCUGUUCGCAAAGACACUCUCCUUCAAGCCACACAACAUCGACCAGGCGCAGCUAGGACGGAAGAAGAGCGAGCGCGGCGAGAAGCAGAAGACGUACGAGUACGCGCCGCCGUUCUCCGAGUUCAAUGUCCUGGCGACUAUCCUUGAUGCGGGCGACGAGGAACGACACAGGGCGAUUGGCGGACCGAGCAUAGCGAUCGUUACUAAGGGGUCGGCGGAGCUGGUUAUCGAGGGCAAGGAGAAGCUCCAGGCGCACGAGGGGUCUGUUUGGUUUGUUGGUGCCGGCGUGCCGUUGGAGAUCCUGAGUAAGGAGGGGACUGAGGUGUACCGGGCGUAUGCUGAAUGA